ACAUGACAACUUUCCCAACCACCAGAAGUCUUCCCUUCCAGAGAAAGAACGGUAGAUGAAAAAUUGAAAUGGACUAAACAGCCUCGAAGAAACUUUACAAAGAUGAUUGAUUCAAGUGUAAAUUAUAUUUAUACAGAGAGAGAGAGAGUCCUAUGUAUUAGUCUUAGCUCUGCUUUCUGUUUUGGUUUUGUGUAGAUUCAGAAUGAGCUGCUUGUAUGAAAUCAACAGGUGGUGGAGAAGCCACGUAAAUCUGUGGACACUGUACUUACUGUUCCUAGGUCAGAUGGUGUCUUUUGUGCUUGCAAUGGGCAGCAUCACUUCUUCUCUAGUAGCCAGUCUAGGUGUUGACGCGCCCCUUACACAAUCAUCCUUCAAUUACUUGGCCUUAGCUUUGAUUUAUGGCAGCAUAUUGCUGUACAGGCGCCAAAAACUACAGGUUUCUUGGUACUGGUAUCUCCUUCUAGGCUUCGUUGAUGUUCAAGGAAAUUAUCUUGUUAACAAAGCAUACCAGUUCUCAUCAAUAACUAGCGUGACAUUAUUGGACUGCUGGACAGUAGCAUGGGUUAUAGCUCUCACUUGGUUCUUUCUGGGAACUCGCUAUACCUUAUGGCAGCUGCUUGGUGCUGCCAUCUGCGUAUUAGGGCUUGGUUUAGUGCUCCUCUCCGAUGCCGGGGUGGGUGGAGGAGGUGGUUCAAAGCCCGUUUUAGGUGAUUUCCUUGUUAUUACUGGGACAAUUUUCUUCGCCUUGAGCAAUGUUGGUGAGGAAUUCUGCGUGAAGAAAAAAGGUCGUGUUGAAGUGGUGACAAUGAUCGGUGUUUAUGGAUUCCUAGUGAGUGCAGUUGAGUUAUCUAUAGUGGAGCUAAAGAGUUUGGAAGCAGUCGCCUGGUCUAAAGAUAUUGUAUUUGCCAUUGCUGGCUACACUCUAUCCAUGUUCUUAUUCUAUUCUCUCGCUCCCUUCGUUCUAAAGUUAAGUGGAGCCACAAUGUUCAACCUGUCUAUUCUCACAGCCGACAUGUGGGCUGUCGUUUUCCGUGUCUUUUUCUACCACCAACAGGUUGAUUGGUUGUACUUUCUUUCUUUUGCAAUUGUAGCGAUUGGAUUAAUCAUUUACUCCUUAACAGAGGAGGGGGAGCGAGGUUCUUCGCCGGCUCCACCAGACGGGGAUUCCAAUGCAGAAUACCAAGUGCUUCAUGAAAAUGCAGAAGUGGGGCUAUGAUGAAGACAUUAAACGAGAAAAAAAAUAUGUGGUAAGGGCGAAGAUGGUGGUUGGCAGGUUUUCUUGCCUGAUAUGACUUUUUGUUGUUACAUGGAUAUUUAAGUGUAUUAUUUAGUGCUUUAAAAAUAAAAUUUAAUCUUUAUUGUCGUGCAAA